AUGGACGACCAGCGGGACGUUCAAAUAUCCAAACGGGGCAGCAGCUCCAAGUCGUUUAUAUCCGCCGGCUCUGCAGUGGGUAUGGAGAUUAAGCGAAAGAAAAUACGAGAAAGCGCCUUGUUCUUACAUACAGAGAACACUAACGUACAAGAGAAGCUCGACUUUGAGAAGCGAAUGCGUGAGGGGGCCUACAAGCUGCUGCUCGCCUGCAGUAAACGAGAGCAGGUUCUCAGCGCUUCCAAAAACCUGCUGACCUGCAACGCCAGGAUAAAGGCUUACCUCGCACAGCUGCAGAGGAACAACGAAGAACAGGACAUGAUAAGAGCAGAGAAGAGAUCUGCAGAUGGUCGUUUGCCUUGCCAUGGGACCAUUGCUGUGACUGGGCUGAGAUUUCCUCUCUUGUGGAGGGAUUCUGACCACUUUAAUAACAAAGGGAGCUCUCGUCGGGUGGCGGUGUUCUGUCUGAUGCAGAUUGGCUCCGAGGUGUUUGACACUGAGAUGGUUGUGGUGGACAGAUCCAUCACUGACGUCUGCUUUGAAGGAGUCACCGUCUUUAAAGACUCAGUUCCUGAGUUUGAUCUGAGAGUGGAGCUGUGGAGCUGCUCCCUGGAGGAAGAGCUCCCUUUGGUCAAAACACCAAAGAAACUGGCCAAGAAGCUCCGCAGCUCUUUUGGAAAGAGCGCUGGAAAGAAGUUCUGCUCUCUGGUGGACACUCCAGAUCCGGACACCUUCCUGCAGACCAACCCGAUCCCCCCAGGAGCCAGGUACAGCCUGCUGGCCUACACAACGCUGGGUCUGCCUGAUGCUGACAGCAGCUUUCAGUCUCACUCCCUCAUUGUCUACCAAGAUGCUGAGUGGUCGUCUUGGCUUCCUCUUUACGGCAACCUCUGCUGCCGGUUAGUCGUGCAGCCGACUUGUAUGACACAGAACAUGAUGACGGGUUAUUUGAGUCAGAAGCAAAGUGUGGAGGGAAUGAGCCGCUGCUGCAGUCUGUUCUGCGUGCUGAGCGCCGGCUUUUUGUCCUGUUACUUCACUCCGGAGGAAAUUGAUGCUAAAGUGCAGCCCGCUCUUAAUGUGCCCAUCAACAAGGAGACCAGGAUCCACGCGCUGAGCAAAGCGUCGGCGGGCCUCAAAUCCAAGAGUCUGUCCAUCAUCAACUCUUCACCUGAGGGAUCUCAGAGCGUCGUCUUCGUCGCAGACAGCAGGGACGAGCUGGACGAGUGGCUGGACGCCCUCCACCAGCAUCUCUAUGACCAGAGCCAGUGGCUGCACUGCUGCAACCGGCUAAUGAAAAUCGAGCUCUCAUCGCCGUGGACUCCGUCUCUUUUCCUCACCAAGCAGGCUGACUCGGUUUACAACGACCUCAGUAUAACCUCUCCUAGCAAGUUUGAGAGCAUCACAGAUAUAAUUCACAGCAAAAUCGAAGAGACCGAUGGUCACUUCCUUAUUGGUCAAGAGGAGAGGGCGGAGCCUCCUGACUGGUCCGCUCUUUUCAAUGGGUCCCGUUCAGUGAUGGUGGAGAAGAGUAUUCUGUCCCAGAGCAAAACCUCCACCCCUUGUUCAAGCCCGAACCGCAACGCCAGCUCUACGCCUCUCAGCAGCAAGAAGCGGCGUGCUCCACCCCCGCCCUCCGACAUGAAGCCUCCUGCUCCCCCGACCCGUCCACCCAAACCACCACUCCCUGCUCCGUUGCACCGUCCCCCUCCUCCCUCAUCCCAGGAGAAGGAGAACUCUGCCACUUGUGCUUCUCGUCCAGCCACAAGGUCUAAAACAGGCCGUCCGUCUCUAGACGCCAAGUUUUCUGCCAUCAUCCAGCAGCUCCAGAGGAACAACGCUGGCGGCACGGCGACCCUCAGCCGAAAGAACGCCCCGCUGGCCGUCCUCGACGUUCACCCGCAGGGUCCGCCUCAACCUUCGCUCAAGCAGCUCGACCAUGAAAACCACAACCGUCAGACAUCUGAGGACACAGCUGACGGUGGGUUUGUCAGAGCUGGUCCAGGUCCGCACAGCAAACUGAGGAAGUCCUUCAGAGACAGAAUGAACCUGAAAGCCAUGUAG